CCCAUAGGCCCCUCCAGCCAUGCUGCUGCUGCCGCUGUUGUUGCUGCUGCUCCCGGUACCGGUGGCUCCGGGCUCCGUGGAGGUGCUGCGGCCCCGCGGGGUCUCCCUCUCCAACCACCACUUCUACGAGGCCUCCAAGCCCUUCACCUGCCUCGACGGCUCCGCCACCAUUGACUUCGCUUGGGUCAACGACGACUAUUGCGACUGUCGCGACGGCUCCGAUGAGCCCGGCACCGCAGCCUGUCCCAACGGCCGCUUCCACUGCACCAACGCCGGGUACCGGCCCCAGAACAUCCCCUCGGCCCACGUCAACGACGGCGUCUGCGAUUGCUGCGAUGCCACCGAUGAGUACAGCAGUGGGGCUGCCUGUGCCAACACCUGCAAGGAGCUGGGCCGGCAGGAGCGGGAGGCUCUGCAGCGCCGCGCGGAGCUGCUCCGGGAGGGCUUCGUCCUGCGGCAGCGCCUGGUGCAGGAGGCGGCUGCGGGGCGCCAGGAGAAGCAGGGCCGCCUGGGGGCGCUCGAGGCCUCGCGGCGGGGGCUGGAGCAGCGCGUGCGGGAGCUGCGGGAGGCCAAGGAGGAGGCGGAGGGGGAGGAGCGGCGGCGGCGGGAGGCCGCCAUGGCCGAGGCCGCCGCAGCCCAAGAGGCCGCCAGGGCAGAGGAGGCCUUUGCAGCGCUGGACACGGAUGGGGACGGGCAGGUGACGCUGGAGGAGCUCAGAGCCUGCCCCCCACUGGACACUGAUGGGGACGGAGCCGUCUCGGAGGAGGAGAUCAAGGCCCUGUUGGGGGACCCCACCCCAAUGGAUGCUGCUGCUUUCCGGGACCGCCUCUGGGCCACCAUCGAACCCCAUUAUAAACCCCAGGUGGGUCUGGGGGGGCAAAAUAAGGUCUCUGAGCCCCCCUCACCCCCCCCUGAGCCCCCCCUGGAUGAGGCCCCCCCGGAGGAAGAGGAGGAGGAGGAGGAAGAGGAGGAGGAAGAGGAAGACGAUGGCAGCGAAGGCCUCGAGGAGGACCUGAAGGUGCCCCCCCCACAACACCCCCAAGAGAAGGGGGCUGAGGAGCCCCCCCCGCUCCCCACUUUUGAUGCUGCCACUCAGGCCCUGAUUGAUGCUGCCCAAAGGGCUCGAGAGGAGCUGGAAGAGGCUGAGAGGGCGCUAAAGGAGACGGAAGAAUCCAUCAGGGCCCUGGAGCAGGAGCUGAGCUUUGACUUCGGCCCCCAGGGGGAGUUCUCCUACCUGUAUAACCAGUGCUAUGAACUGGGCACCAGCGAGUACAUUUAUCGCCUGUGCCCCUUCAAACGCGUGUCCCAGAAGCCCAAGCACGGUGGAGCUGAGACCAACCUGGGGACGUGGGGCUCCUGGGCCGGCCCCGAGCACGACCGCUUCAGUGCCAUGAAGUACGAGCACGGGACCGGGUGCUGGCAGGGCCCCAACCGGGCCACCACGGUGAAGCUCUCCUGCGGCACCGAGACCACGGUGACGGCCACCACGGAGCCGAGCCGCUGCGAGUACCUCAUGGAGCUGCUGACCCCCGCGGCCUGCACCAGCCCCCCCCCCCACGAGGACCACGACGAGCUCUGACCGGGGGUACC